AUAUUUUAUAACAAAUUAUAUCAAUUAACAAUUAGUAUAUUCAUUAUUAAAAUUCAAAUUGUGUUAUUGCAUAGUCCUUUUUUAAAGUUUGUUCAAAUUAGAAAGUUAUAAAUCUAAGAUGACCCAUAUCCUAAAUCAAAUUGUGAUUAAAAUCAGAGUUUAGGUAUUAUAUUGUAAUUCCUUACUAUGAAUUUGAUUAUUAUUUAUAAAACAUAAAUUUUUCGAUUUUCUUGUUAUGUUUUUUUCAUUUGCCAAUUGGUUAAUUUUGUAAUACAACAUAUUUUAUUGUAAAAACAUCAGAAACUAUAAGAACCGUAAUUUUAUGGGCCGCCUUUCUACGGUCGACCCGCCACGCUGCCAAGGUAACCAUACACGAUUGUCGUGGAGGGGGCUUAAAUUAUGGAUAGCAAAUCUUCAAAACCGUUCUUGGUACUAAAAUAUUAUGGUGGAUAGAGGUAAGGAGGAGUAUCUUAUAUGGGAGAAAUGUGUCCAAUUGUAUACAAUACGCUGGUGUAGUCAAAGGAUAGAGUGUGAAUGAAGAAUUAAUGGACUAUAUUGCGAGUCGUUGACGAUAGUAUGUUUCAACAAUAAUUUUAUUCAAUAUUUUCUUGCAAUUUCGGUUCAGAAUUUAUCUGUCUUAGAAAAUAGAAUGAUACAUCGUGAGAUGACUAUGAAUAGUUCAAAGGUAUUAAUAAUAACUUUUUGAUUGACAUGAUAAACUUGAGAGAAUGGAGAAAAUUUUAUAUUCAAUAAGCAUGAUAGAGUAUCUGAACAAUGAUGAUAUAUGUUGAGAAUUUAAAAAUAAUAUACUUUUCUCUCGUAUAUGCAAAUUUCCCGCCACUCCAACCGCUGCGCUGUUUGAAAUCCGUAAACUAAACCUCUUAUCAUUAUGAACACAUAAUAAAUAUGAUGCAACCAAUCUCUUACUCAUUCUACAUAAAAAUGAUAAAACAAAUUUUCUCUAGAAUUGUUCACAUAUCACUUUCUAAUCUAUAUUAUUUAUUACGGUUAUAAAUAAUUAUUGUAGUUAUAGAAUUUGUAAAGUUCACAUCCAAUUAAUCAAUUUGUCUGCUUUUUUUAUAAGAACAAUUUCUUUCGCAGUUCAAAAUAGUAGUUAAUCAUGGUCAAAUUCGAAGGAAAAUACACUUUUGAAAGAGGUGAAAAUUUGGAUGCAUACUUUAAAGACAUAGGUGUACCUUACAUUCCAAGGAAAAUGAUGUGCUCCUCAAGCCCUACCUUGGAAAUUGCAAAGGAAAACGAUGAAUGGUGUAUCACAGUUGUUACAUUAUUUCGAACUGUAACCUCAAAAUUUAAAUUGGGAGAAAGUUAUGAAGAAAAUAUGCCUGGAGGCACACUUAAAAACGUCACCACAUUAGAAGGAGAUAAAUUGAUAACCGAUUCUGUAGGUCCUGAAGAUAUUAAGACAAAACGGGAAUACGAAUUUUCUGAAGACGGAUGUGUAAUUAUUUACUCGAAUGAAAAGAGCUCCCAUGUGGCUAAAAGAUAUUUCACGAGAGCUUAAGAUAUUUUAAGUAAUAUAUGUUAUUAUCAUUCGCCAAACAUUUUAUUUACAGACCUCAACAUUUCUUUA